CCACUGCUGCCGCCGUCGUUGCUGUUGCUCUUGACCCUGGUCCUCGUUGCCAUCGCCGUCGUGCUUCCUCCGCGCUACGCCAGCUUUGUAGCCUCCCGUGGCAGCCGGGACCGUGCCCCGCGAGCCUGGAGCCGGCGGGGGUAGGAGCCGCGCCAGCCAUGGAGGACAGCGGCCAGCUGCUGGCUGCGCCCGCUUUCAGUGGCGGCGUGCGCGGCAGCGUUCCGUGGGAUCCGCCCGCGCCGCUCUCGCCGCCGUCGCCGCAGAAAGCAUUCUCGAAGCCGCAUGUGGUGGCCGUGGAGGACAGGGCGGCCCUGGCGCGCAACUUGGCGCUGGGUCAGCUCGAGCAGGAGGAGGCCGAGCUGUGGAGGCAGCUGCGACGCAAGGGCGAGUUCGAGGCGCGGCUGCUGGACAAGUACGCCCUGCUGGCGGAGGCGCGUGGCCGCCGCACGGCCGUCGCCAAGGAGCACGCGGACGUCGUGGCCGCCAUCGGGCACUUGUCGGAACAGUUGGAGCACGCCAGACAGCGCGAGAGGGAGGUCCAGCACGAUAUUGCCAUCCUCUCGGAGUCAAACCGCAUCCUGCAGGCCUCGUUCCAGGAGGGGGCGGACUCGAUGACAAAGGCGCCGGCCAAGGGCAAGCCGUCGGAGGACUGGUUCGCGCGCGAGCGGGGCCUGCGGGAGCAGGCGAAGCUCAAGCAGGAGCAGAUCGUGCAUGUCCGCGCACAUCUGGAAAGGCUGAGCCAGGAGAAGGGCAGCCUCCGGCUCCGCCAGCAGGACCUCUUCGCCAGGCAGCGCGGCGCCGAGCAGGACCGGAACAGGUUGCUCGGUGCCUUGCAGGACGACCGGGGCAGCAUCAACAAGGUGCGCGCCGAACGCAUCAGGCUGUGGGACGAGCGGGCCCGGCUGGACCAGGAGGCGGCUACGCUGGUGAGGGAGAUUCGCGCUCAGCGCGGCGUGGGCCCGAGGGACGGCGAGCCGCACCUCAUGGCGGCGGCCGUGCCGAUGAUCAGCGGGGCCGUCGCCGCCACCACCGUCAGUCGCUGGGUCAGAGGAGCCACGCCUGCGCUCCCGACGGGGCCCGCCCCUGUCGUGGUGGAGCCGCCCCAGCCGCUGUGGGCGGAGGAACCGCCGCGGCCACAGCAUUGGACCACCUUCGGCGAGGCCGCGGAGAGCGCCCAGCCGUCUGUGCAGGCCGGGCCCUCCGCUUGGACCACCUUCGGCGGCGGCGCGGGAGCAGGUGACGCACCUCGGCCUGAUGUUGACCUGACGCCGGACCCAUUUUCCAGCGCCAGCGUGCUGGACGGCGGCACUGCCGCCGCUGGGCGGCUGGGCGGCGGGCUGCUGGGCGGAAGUGGCCGGGGCAGCGCCGCCGCCCCGCUGGACCGCGAGGAGACGGCGAGGGAGCGCGUGGCGCGGCGGGUCCGUGAGAGCGCCCACGCCGAGGUGCUGCGCCUCGACCAGGCGGACCGGGAACGCCAGGCGGCGGACGCGUCGGCGGCCGCGCCCGGCGGCAGCGUCACCGAGUGGGCGGGGAGGCUCCGCGACUUCCGGAAACCGGGCGCGGAGCCGUCCUUCUGAGCCCGCGCGCGCGCGUGCGCGGCCGAGGGACCGCCUCUUGCUGCCAGGCGCUGCGUGGCGCUGCCCCGCGGAGAGCGCGCCAUCCUUUCUGCGGGCGAGGAAC